AAAUAGUCCAUAAUUAACCAAUAUAGUUAGUCAAAUCAUAAAAAAAUAUAAUCACGCAUAGUAUUAACUGAAAAUAAGAGAGAUGAGACGCCGUGGAGCUGGAUUAGGAGCAAUAAAAAACAAAAAUUUAGCCCAGGCCAAGUACAAGAAUAAAGGAGCAGAAAUUGCUGAGAAUGAUUUUGAACAGAUGUCUAAACAACUGGAGGCAUUCAAGUCUAAUCUAGAGGAGUUUGCAAGAAACCACAAAGAUGACAUCAGAAAGAAUCCAGAAUUCAGAAGUCAGUUCCAAGAGAUGUGUGCCUCUAUUGGUGUAGACCCCCUAGCAUCUGGUAAAGGGUUCUGGUCAGAGAUGCUUGGUGUUGGAGAUUUCUACUACGAAUUAGGUGUACAAAUCAUUGAAGUCUGCAUGGCUACUAAUCACAGAAAUGGAGGUUUGAUGACGCUGGAUGAUCUGAGAGAAACUUUGAUAAGAUCUAGUGGGAGAAGUAGACAGGAUGUUAGUUCAGAUGAUCUGUUACGUGCUAUUAAGAAGCUAAAGGUGUUGGGGAAUGGAUUUUCUGUGAUUCCUAUGGGACCAGGACGCUAUAUGGUACAGAGUGUCCCUGGAGAGCUCAGUAUGGAUCAUACAACUGUCAUACAGCAAGCUGAGAAAACUGGAUUUGUUACAAUGAAAAUGCUGAAAGAAAAUCUAAAGUGGGAGGAUGAGCGAAGUCACAUGGCUUUGGACUACCUGCUUAAGGAGGGCCAGGCCUGGGUGGACAACCAAGACAAGUCAGGAAUGACACUAUACUGGCUACCUGGACUCUUCAGUGACACAAAUGCAGCAACCUGACCAUUCAAUGGAUUGAACUUAUAUAUAUUAAGUGGAUUGACUGUGUUGAUAUCACCAGUUUUGAUGAAGCUUAUGGAUAAUGUCAGGGUUGAAACAGAUUUCAGGUUGAAACUGAUGUCAAGCCUGAUGUAGGUAAUCAAGUAGGCACAAUUGGUGUCAACUCUGAAGAAUCCUGUGAUGGGAAUCUGAACAAUUGAGGCUUCCGAAGUG